UCAAAAAUGUUAUUUUAUUGUUGAUGAUAAAUCAAGAAUUCUAACGAUUGAAAUUGGAUUUUACUUCUAGUAAUAGAGAAAUAGCGCUAUGGUGAUUGUUAAAGAACUUGGUUAUUUGCCGUUAUAGACAUGCCUGAAGAAGAAUCAACUGGAACCGAUCUCGAAAGACUUUUAGAUAAUUCAGACGAUUACGCAUUGAACGUGCAUAAUUACCAAUCUAUACAAAAUGCUUUGGAAGCAGAAAAUAUCAUUGAAAUACCUGUUCUUGAAAAGCUGCUUUCGAUUUGUGCGCGUAACUUGAAGGAUGAUUUAAAGAAUUCAGUCAACGUGCUAAAUAUUUUAGCAACCGUUUUAAAAAAAAUUAAGACAAUGCAGUCACUACCUGAUCUUGUGCCUUCAGCAAUAGCAGUGUUUGAUAUUCUAAAAACAAUAGCCCUAUUUAACAAGGUUGAAGCAUUAAAAACUCUAUGUUUUGAGAUAAUCAUGUCCUAUCCAGAUGAAACUCUCAUUUUUAUAUCUGUAAAUCAUUCUAUUAAAAUAUUGGAACUUAUUAAUCUCUAUUGCCAUCAGCGGAUUCCAAUUGAGAUUAGAUUGCAGCCUAUCAAUAUGAUUAUCAAGUUACUUAAGUUUUCACAGCCUAAAGAGAAGGCAAUAUUUGUUAAAGCGGGAGUCGGCAUUUGGUUUUCAAAAGUUAUACCCGUCAUAGUUUGUAUGAAUUCUUCUUUUCCUCAUUUGCUGGAAGCUUUAGAGUUGUUGACAGAAGAACUUCUCCACAUUGACUAUGCAGAUAAUCCACAUUGGCGGGUAGUUUUAGAAUGCAUUUAUACACCACAAAAAUACCCAGCUGACAUUAAGGAUCUUCUAGAAACGGGCAAUGAGAACUGGCAUAGACUUUGGAUUAUAUUUAUUAAACUAUUAAAGAAUCAAAUAACAAAAAGUACCAAUACAGUCGGAAGUCCAAUUAAUUCUAUGCUGCCAGUAGUUGAAAUGGCCUUUAAAAUGGAUAUCACAAACAGAUGUAGAGCAUUUGCAUGCUGGAAUGUUCUGAUAGACAAUUUCUCCACAGAAACAAAUGAGGUCUACAUUAACAAAAGGAUAAAAUUGUUAAUUAUUCCAUUAACAUCCAAUAACGCAAAAGUUGAACAGACAGCCAUUGCAAAAUUGAAAACUUGGUGGCAUUUAAUAUCUCGUUUCUACACUAAAAUAGAUAAGUUCACAGACUUGAUCCUUAUUCCAUUCUUACAUUUCUGCUUUGGGAAACCAGUAGCAUUGGAUAAACCGAUGAUAAUACCUGGAAUGAUAUCUGUUGCUACAAAAGUUCAAGUAGUCCAAGCAUUUAUUAAUAUAAUUGGACAUGCAAAUUGUGAAGGAUGUGUCUCAUUGCCUAAAUUAAAAGGGAAACUUUUAAGCACAAAGCUGCUCGUAAGUCACUGGAAAGAUUGGAUUCAUGCUCUCAACAUUGUUAUUCAAAUUUGUGCAGAGAGUAGUGAAUUUUCAGAGCAACAUAUUAAAUGUUUUUGGAAAUCUUUUAUUAUGACUAUAGGAGAGCUUGCUGAGAAUAAUAUCAGACGAGAUGUUUUUAAUGAAGUGUUAGUUCUAAUAAAAAAACUAACAGUGGGUUGCAAUGACAAUAUGGCUGAAAUAAUAUUAAACAAUCUAGUACUUAUUCUAUUUGACAAGGAUGACAAGAUAAAGCCUCUUCUAAAAUCUAAGGAUGAACACAAUGCGCCAAUUCACAAACUAAUUACAAUUAUAUUAAAAUUGCCACUGUCUAAUUUAGAAAAUAGACAUUUAGUUCUUCAAAACUUCAAAGCGCUAUGUCGAUUUUUGGUUGAAGAAGGGCUUAAAACAUCCAGUCAUACAAUUGAAUGUAUUUUGAAAUAUUUACCAUCAAAUGGCUUUCUUCUUUGGAUAGCUCUAGCGGAUACUAUAAGUGAAUUACAUUACACAUCAAGUCCUCGUAUGUUGUGUCGAAUGCUCCUAUGGCCAUUCCAGAUUAUGGAUAUAUUUGUCAAUGAGCAAUUGGCAACAUCAGCAUGGUUAAAUAUGUAUAAAUGUGUCUAUUCAUCAUUACAUAUGACAAAUGUAAAUGAUGAUAUCAUCAAAACACUUGAUGUCUAUAACGGUGAUAAAUCGUCAAAUAUAACUAUAUUGAAUGUAGCUAUUGUGAUUUUAAAUCAAAAAAUAGAAGCUGGAGAUGAUUUAAAAUUUAUUCAAGAAGCAGAAUUUUUGUUGAAAAUAAUUAGUAAAAUUGAUAUAUUUAAUGACAUAACGUCAAUAUUUCCAUCAUUGGUGGAAGUAAUUAUUCUCAUGCUUCAUAAUUUGUGCAAAAAAACAAAUGUCAAAACAGCCAGAAGUGCUGUAUCAAUAAUUGAUAUCAUAUUAAAAUUAUACUCUCAAACAUCCAAUGAUUGUGUUAAUGGGGAUGUCUUAAAACAUCUAGAAUCUAUUUUCACUUCUCUAGAACCUGUAUUGAAAGUGCAAGCCUACUCGAAACUUAAAUAUGUUUUGUUAGAUGGACUAAAAAAUUGUGCAUCACACCUUAAAAAUCAACAAGUCUUAAAAGACCAUGUACUUGCUAUAUAUAAAAAUGUAGCAAGUAAUGAAGUGGAUAUUGAAAUCAAUAUGAAGGAACUUAUUAAGGUGUUUGAAGAAGACGAUAAGUCGAAUGUGGACACAGAAAAUGGUUUAAUGAACCAGUCCAUGGAUAAAGUUAAUUUUACUACACCCAGUAGUAAACCUAUUACUAAAAAACAUAAGAAAAAAGAAGCUAAUAUUGUCAAUACAGUAACGGAAAAUGGGGAGGAAUAUAUUGUUGUCAAAUCAAAUUGGAAAUUUAAUCCUAGAAAAUUAACAGAUAAUCAAAAAGAAAAAUUUCAAAGGAAACGAGAAGACAUACCUGCUUUAUAUCAAGACUUGUCUCAAUCUCAAGAUGAAUUCAAACUAAGAACAUGGAAAACUGACUCACAAGAUGCAACCUCUACAACCAGUAAAUCAACAAGUGAGCAAGGAAAUGAAGAUGUUUCAUCAAUUUUAAAAAAUAUUCCAAGCUCUGAAUUCGUACCGAAAAUUUUAGAAAAUAUAAUGGGAAAAGAUACAAGGGAAAAUGAUCAAAGGAGUACUCCAGCUAAAGAAAAUACUGUAACUGAUAUAAAUAAGGAAACUAAAAAAGAUGAAAUUAAAAAACUGCAAAUAACAACAACAGCUAAAGAUGCAAAAUCACCACGACUAGCUUUAAAAGAUCGCGUAUUUCGUAAUGUCCGUAAUUUAAUUGAAAAGUCUAAUUUAUCGAAAGAGGCUAAUGAUGUAAAUUCCAUCGUCCCCGAAAAUGUGCCAAAAACUCCUUCAAUAAAAGAGAAACCGCCAACAAAUUUAACCAAUUCUGCGCCGACUUUAAUUUGUGCUGACAGACCAUCCCGUGUUAAAAGGAAACCUAAAAAAUUCGAUGACUUAGAAGCGUUUAGUCUAAAAAAGAGACGCCAUUCGUGUGGUCAAAAUGAUUCUCCUUCUGAUAAUGAGAUAACGGAGAGUAACACUCCACCACCAUAUAUUAUAAAUGAGCCUAAAAUGCCAAAAGUAGAUGAGGAACAAUCAAAAGGAAUUAAAAACCAAGAAAUACAAAUUAAACUUAAAGAAUCAAAUGCAUCAGAUAAAAAAAUAAAUACUGAUGAAACUUUAAAUCAGACCAAUUUAUCUAUUUGUGAAGACAAAAAUGAUGUUGAUGACAAUCUGAGUAAAUUAGACCAGACACAAAAUGAAGAGACAAAAGAAGAAAAACCUGUUGAUGUGCCAAGUGAAAAAUUAACUGAUGUUGAUGAUAAAGAACGAAACUCGCAAUUCAACACUCCUUCUGCUGAUAAAAAUAAAUUACAAGAUCUGCAAAAAUCAAGUAAAAAAUCUGUUACAAAGAAAUCUCGAAUAGAAAAAGAACUAGCAAUAGAUAUGGUCGAGGGUCAUCCAUUUUUGAAAGUGCAAUCUGAAAAACGGUUGACCAGAAAAGCAAUUUCCAAUUCACCUCGUACAAGAAAAAGUUUGUCAGAGAAAUGUAAUAAAAAUAAACUAGAAAUGAAAACUCCAAAAGCAGAUAAAAAAGUAAAAGAUAAAGAAAGGUCAAUUUCAAUUAAAGAAACACAAAAUACUAAUAAUGAAGAUACUAUAGCAUCUCAGGAUGUUAUAGAAAGUUCUCAAGAUUCGACAAUCACGACUAUAUCGGUAAAAUCAUCUAAAAAUAUAGGAAAAAAGAUAGCUGAUGCUAGUUUGAACACUAGUAAAUGUGAUAGUGAGACAGAGACACAAAAUCUUUUAGAAGAUAGUCAAAAUCAUGGUAAUACAUCAAUUAUUGAAAAUAAAGAUGACACUGAAUUGCCACUUAAUAAAACAGUUGAGGAAAAAUGCUUAAUAGAUUUAACAGAGAAUAUGGAUACAGAAUCUAUAAAUAUGGACGACGAUGUUAUUAUAAUCAAUGAUGAUGAUGAUCAAUCUAUUCCAGUUAGUACUGAAGAUAAAUCAGUUGAACAAAAUACAGAAAAUACAGCUGUAGCCGAGACUCAAUCACUCGAUACAUUUAUCUUUAUUAACGAACAGGAAAACAUUGCGCCUAUAGUAAACUUAGUUGAUGAUACAGUAGAGACCAAUUCUUUGAAUGAAAAUAGUGCAGGAAAUGUAACAGACAAUGAUGUUACUAAUGCAUCUUUGAAUGCAACUCCUAAUGAUGAAACUAAAACUAUGUCUGAGUCAGUAUUAACUACAAUUGAGAAAGAUGACUCAAACACGCGACUUAAAGAUGAAGAAAAAAGGAAACAAGAUUUUUUCAACAAUACAUUAGAAAUUUCACCUAUUAAGACUAUGAGUCCAGUACGAGAUAAAAAGUCUCCAUCUCCUGAAACUAGCAGUGAUUAUGUAGUAAUAAAACUUUCAUCGCCAGUACAAAGUAACGGAGAACCAUUUGAUAAAGUCGAAUCGCCUGAAUUCUUUACAGAAGAAAAGGUAUCCCCAGAUAAAAGAGAUCAAUCGCCACCUAGAGAAGAGGUCAGUGUGACAAAUACGAGCCCUAGUUCUUGUCUGUCUUUGAAGAAGAAUAGACCGCAAAUGCGUUCAAGUGGUCGAGCUGCUCAGAUGUUAGGCCUAUGUGUCCCUGAUAGACUCCAAACAAUAAUGAUGUCAGAGAAAUCAUUGGAUUCUGAGGAGAAUAAAAAGAGCCCAUCGCUCAAUACAUCUGCGAGACGUAAUUUAAGAAUUCUUUACAAUAGCUGUAGUGGAGAAAAACAUGAUAAUUCAGACGAACAGGAAGAUAGUGAGAAUUUUCUUAAGUUUAAAAGAAAUUUACCAUCAACAGACUGCAGUCCAUCUGGUCCUAUUUUAAAAAGAAAACUAGUUGACAUUACAGAUGAAACUACAGCUUCACCAGCAAGUAAAAGAAAACGAGUAAGCUUCCAUGAUCCACCCGUUUCCACAACUAUUUGCGUCAAAAAGUAUAUUGAGCCUGGCGGUGUUCGUUCCCCACAAAAUUCUGCAAUCAAACGACAAGAGAGACAGUUACGAACGCAAUUGGCUAUAAAAUCACCAAAGAGACUUGAGAAUGUGUUCAAAUUAGACUCAGUUUUGACGAAAGCUGUGGAAAGUUUCACUGAGUCUAAUGUGACAGCUAACACAAAUGAAGAUUCGGAAAUGAGUUCCAUAGAACAAACACCGAUUGUUCAAGUUAUUAAAACCACCGAUUUAAAUGAUACAGAUCCAAUCUGUUCAAAGUUAAUUGAUUGUAAAGAUCCCAUUUCUAAUGUUGCUAGUGAAUUAUCGUCUCCAGCGAUGAAAGUUUUGUUGAUCAAAGAAUUUGAGGGAAAAAUUAAUACUAUAGGGGAUUUAGCAAAAUUAACUGAACUUGAAAUUAAUAGACUUUGUAUAAAAGCACCUAAAGUGCAAGUUGCCGAAAAAGUAUUAAGUGACUAUUUGAAAAAAAUAAUACAAGCUGACGAAGAAAUGUCUACAACUAUUGAAGCCGCUAUGAACGAAUCUUCUAUAACUGAAAAUAAAUCCGUCGAAAUGCAGACAAUUGAAGUUGGUGUCGAAAAUAUUGGAAUGCAAACGGAUGUAUUAGUUUUAUCAUCAGAUAGUACGCAAACUGAUUCAAUAUCAACGAUACAUUCCAGUGCUCAGACCGAAGAAUCAGGAAACAAAACAACAGCAGAAAUUGUAACAACAUGUUUAUCAAAAAGAUCAGAUUUCGUUGCAACUAUAUGCGAGAAAAUGGAUGAAGCUUCUAAGAAAAAGAUUGUUGACAAUUUGCCCUUCAAUGCUUUAAGUGAAAUGUUAAUGAACAAAAUGACUAAAUCAAAUUCUGGUGUCCUUUUGAACAAAGUGAUAGAACAAAAGAGUACACUUGACCAGACAAGUGAAAAUAAAGAGGACAGUAGGCUCUCCAUUGUUCAAGAUUAUCUCUGUGAAAGGUUUGAAUCGAAGGACUUGAUUUUAUUUUGUAGUAAAUUGUUAAAAAAAGUAUAUGAGAAACCUUGAUAAUUCAAGAAGCUCUAUGAUGGAGUUAAUUUUUAUUAUGAAGCAUUUAAAACAUAUACAAUUACAAUCAUGUAAAGAGGAUGAUAUGUGUUGAUUGUUUUAUUUAAAACAAAUAUUAAAACUGUUUCCUUUAAAGUUUUAUUGUUUUUAAAACUAUUAUUUUUUAAAUCACAUACAUAUGAGAAUCUAUGUUGAAUCUUAAUAAAAUAGUAAGCAUGGUAAUUAUACGAAAUAAAAGAAACAAAUGUUAUCAAAACUAAUUUUAUUUAAUAUAAAACAAUUCAAAUAUUUACAAUAUUCAGUCAUGAGCUAUGAUCGUGAAUGAUCACGAAUAUAAUACGUCAUUCAUACAUAACAAUGGGUUGUAAUAACAACAAAUGCAAGGCAAUAUCGUUAUCGUAUGAAUGAGCCUUUAUUUUUGUAACAUAGAGUAAGGUAGGUAAUAAUUGCUCAUAGAAUAGAGUCAAGGUACCUAUAAACGUGAAUGGUACAUGGCAUCAGAAAUGUAUCACAUAUACAAAUAUUUACAGCGAUCUAUAAGAUACAGGUAACGUUAAAGCUUCGUAAACAAUGAAAACUUAUAAUAUACUUUAAAUACACCCAUAUUUACACAUUUCUAAGGCACUUCUCACCCGACCCAAAAUUAAUUAUAAUUAUCACACUACAGAAAUGUCCUACAAUAAGGCUUUAUAAACAUAGCCGUUUAUAAAAUAGUAUUUAAGUAAUAUAUGCUUUGUCUCUGUUAUUCCAAAGACACGUUAGUUUGAGAGAGAGAGAGAGAGACAAAACAUACAUUAGUCAUAUACGUUCGAUAAAUUUUUAUGAAUAGUAGGUAGUUUUUUGCCAGAUUAGAAUUAAUAAUAGCAUAAGCAAAGUCGACUGAAAUAGUGUAAUAUACAUUACAUACUUCUUAGGAACUCGUAAGUUUUAAUAAAUUAUUUAAAAACAUCACACUGUUUCAUUUUCUACCCAAAAAUAUAUGCGAUCAAUUUCUUUAGAUAAAAUUAUAUUUGGCAAAACUCAUAUUACUUAACGCAUUAUACAUUAAUAUUUGAAAAUAUUUUGAUAU